GUACCACGUGACUCGGUUCCGCCCCUCUAUCAGAAUCACUUUUUUUUGGUAGCUUUCGUUGUGACUCAAUCCUCGCCAGAACACCGGAAUUUCGAUUAUGAUCCGAUAGCAAGACACAAAAUCUCUGCCAUAAUUGCAAGAACAUUAUCUCCAUGCUUGAUUUCAGGUAGCAGCUUGCCAUAAUGCAACAAUUUUCGACUGGCGGGACAGAGGUCAAGGCGCAAGUCGUCGACAAAGUGCCCAAGCGAUUCAAGGAGCUGAAAUUUGGCAUUCAAUCCAUUCAAGAUGUCUCCGCACAAGCUGUCAUCGAGGUAUCAGAUAGGAUGCUCUACGAUAUCGAGAAGAUGCGUCGUCCUACGCCGAACGGAGCCCUAGAUGCAAGAUUGGGAAUAUCGAGCAAGACUGGAAUAUGCGAGACAUGUGGCGAAGGACUCCACAAUUGUAAUGGACAUUUCGGACACAUCAGACUUGCUCUGCCGGCAUUUCACAUUGGGUACUUGAAGUUGAUCAUGAACAUUCUGCAGAACAUCUGCAAAGAUUGUGCUCGAGUGCUUCUUACCGAAACCGAACGCCGAAGCUAUCUUAAGGAGCUGAGGAGACCCGGCAUCGACAAUCUAAAGCGUACCCAAAUCUGUAAGAAGAUCAACGAGCAAUGUCGCAAGGCAAAGACAUGUCCCUACUGCGAUGCGGUCAACGGUCAGAUCCGAAAAGUGGCGCCCCUCAAGCUCGUUCACGACCAGUACCAAGCUUUCAAUAAGUCGACAGCGGCCAAGAAGGUUGCUCCUCGAAGCCUAGUGACUUUUCACAACACCUUUGAGGAGGCGAAGAAGAAUAAUGCUGAGAUCGACAAGCAUCUUAAGAAAGCGAUGGACGAUCUCAAUCCACUUCGAGUGCUGAAUCUUUUUAAGCAGAUCACCCCAAGUGAUUGCGAGUUGCUUGGUAUCAACCCUGCCGAGGGACGGCCUGAAAUGUUUAUCUGGCAAUUCGUUCCUGCGCCUCCGAUAUGUAUUCGUCCUUCCGUUGCGCAAGAGAAUGCCAGUACAGAAGACGAUCUUACUACAAAAUUGGCUGAGAUCGUUCACGUCAGCUCUCUUAUUAAAGCAGCUUUGCAGAAAGGACAGCCUGUGGCGACGAUUGUGGAGCAAUGGGAUUAUCUCCAGCUGCAAAUCGCCAUGUAUGUGAAUAGCGAUGUGCCAGGCUUGCAACAACCAGGGUCUGGGAAGGCAAUUCGAGGCUUUUGUCAGCGAUUGAAGGGUAAACAGGGUCGCUUCCGAGGAAACUUGUCUGGAAAACGUGUUGACUUCUCUGGCCGUACUGUCAUCUCCCCCGAUCCGAAUCUUGGAAUCGACGAAGUUGCCGUACCAAUUCUUGUCGCCAAGAACCUCACAUAUCCGGAACGUGUUCAGCGACAUAACAUCGAAAAGCUGCGGAAAUGUGUACUGAAUGGACCCAAUGUGCAUCCAGGAGCUCAGCAGAUUAUGAAGAAGGACUCCGAUCACAAGAUCUCUCUGAAGUUCGCCAAAAGAGAAAAUGAAGCCAAGCAUCUUAGAAUUGGUGACGUGGUGGAAAGACAUCUAGAAGAUGGUGAUAUCGUCCUUUUCAAUCGUCAGCCCUCUCUUCACAAGCUCAGUAUUAUGAGCCAUUAUGUGAAGGUCAGACCGUGGAGAACAUUCCGCCUCAACGAGUGUGUAUGCAAUCCUUACAAUGCUGAUUUUGAUGGAGACGAAAUGAACCUGCACGUCCCUCAGACUGAGGAAGCUAGGACAGAAGCUAUCAACUUGAUGGGUGUCAAGAACAACCUCUCGACCCCAAAGAAUGGCGAGCCAAUCAUUUCAGCAACGCAAGAUUUUAUCACAGCUGCAUAUCUUCUGAGCAGCAAAGAGAAUUUCUUUGAUAGAAAGACGUUCACAAAUCUCUGCAUGUAUAUGGUUGACGGUAACACCCAUCUCGACCUCCCACCGCCGGCUAUUUUCAAGCCAGAGAAACUUUGGACUGGCAAGCAAGUCUUCAGUGUCCUUAUGCGGCCAAAUUCAAAAUCACCAGUCAAAGUCAAUCUCGAUGCCAAGUGCAGAGACUACAAACCAAGUCCUGGCAUGACUCCUGACAUGGACCCCAAUGAUGGUUGGCUUGUGGUACGAAAUUCAGAAGUGAUGUGUGGAAGAAUGGACAAAACCACUGUGGGCUCUGGCAAGAAAGAUUCCAUAUUCUACAUCAUUCUUCGAGAUUUUGGACCUGAUGAAGCAGUCAUUGCUAUGAACAGACUCGCCAAGCUAUCAGCUCGUUACCUCACGAAUCAAGGAUUCUCCAUUGGCAUCAGCGAUGUGUACCCGUCGGCCCAGUUGAACGAAAAAAAGCAGGUUUUAGUCACGGAUGCAUACAAAGACUGUGAAGUAUUGAUUAAAAAAUUCAAAGAGGGCAAAUUAGAGAAGGCCACCGGAUGCAACAUGGAAGAAACUCUGGAGAACGCCAUAUCCGGUAUUCUCAGCAAGGUUCGACAACACGCUGGUGAAUACUGUAUCGAGACCUUAAGCAAAUGGAACGCUCCUUUGGUCAUGGCUAAGUCGGGGUCCAAAGGUUCCACGCUCAACGUUGCCCAGAUGAUAGCAGUCGUCGGACAGCAAAUCAUUGGAGGCCAACGUGUUCCUGACGGCUUCCAAGACCGCAGUUUGCCGCAUUUCCCCAAGAAUGCUCGUCAACCGCCUUCCAAGGGUUUCGUUAAGAAUAGUUUCUUCACAGGAUUGACGCCUACUGAGUUCCUAUUUCACGCCAUCUCCGGUCGUGAGGGUCUGGUCGACACAGCAGUCAAAACUGCCGAAACUGGUUACAUGAGUAGAAGGUUGAUGAAGUCUCUUGAAGAUUUGUCCACCCAGUAUGAUAAUACUGUUCGCAAUUCUUCCGGCAUCGUCGUCCAAUUCCAGUUUGGUGCUGAUAAGUUGGAUCCGCUAAACAUGGAAGGUUCUGCAGUGCCUGUUAACUUUGAGCGAACAUGGAUUCAUGCUGAGAAUCUAACUUGGAACAAUGAGGACGAGUCCCUACUGCCAUGGGAAGUCACAGCUGAAUGUAUCGAACUUCUCAAGCCCGAAAUAGCCAGAUACGGUCGAAAAGGCCUAUUGGGGGACACGCUAGAAUACGAUGAUACUUCGAACUACGGCAUCGACGAGCAUGAGUCAGCUCGAGGAUUUCUUCAGACAAUUACCAAAUUCGUUGCAGGUCUGGCGUCACGUAUGGCCAAAGCCAGACAGAGAGCAGGUCUCAACGAAUUCGAAGAUGAUCCGGAGAUUUCGGGCGAUCUCCGUGAAAAUUCCGAUGAAGAACCAGAAAGGAAGGAACAAGUUGAGCGUGUGGCUAAAGUUUCGAAGGCAACCCUGCAAAUGUUCAUUGCACUCUGCUUGAAUAAAUACGCCAAAGCACACGUUGAGCCUGGACAUGCCGUGGGUGCCGUCGGAGCCCAGUCCAUUGGUGAACCAGGGACCCAGAUGACCCUGAAGACUUUCCAUUUUGCUGGUGUCGCCGGUAUGAGUAUCACCCAAGGUGUGCCACGAAUCAAGGAAAUCAUCAACGCCUCCAAGGUCAUCAGUACGCCUGUAAUCACAUGCCCAUUAAUGAACAAAACAAACAUUCCGGCCGCUCGUAUGGUCAAAGGCCGUAUCGAGAAGACGUACAUUCACGAUGUCAUACGAUUUAUUGAAGACAUGUGGUCAGCCAAAAGUGCUACUAUAUGCCUCUCGGUCGAUAUGGACGCUCUCAACGACAUGCACCUUGGCAUCACUGUCGAAGGUAUUGCGGAAACCAUUUGUAUGAACAAGAAGUUGAAGAUCAAGUGGGGUGAUGUUAACGUUGACCAAGACUGUAUCUUUGUCAAUGUUACUCAUGAGAGUGGUGGGAAUAUGGGAGCCCGUGGUGCAGCUGCCAAGAACAGGCUAACACUUGACGAGGGUGGAUCUGAUCUUCUGCUUCGAGUCAACCACUUGAAGCGUGCCUUGCCGUCUCUCGCAAUAUCUGGCUACCCAGAUGCCACUCGAGCUAUCAUUCAGACUUCGGAGCAAGGUGAGAAUACUGUUCACGUUGAAGGCUAUGGACUUCGAGCAUGCAUGACCACAGAAGGCGUAGUUGGCACAGAGUGCACGACCAACAGCGUCAUGGAAUGUCGCGACGUCCUCGGCAUCGAAGCAGCACGAACCACUAUUGCAAAGGAAAUCGCCGCCGUCAUGGGAGAAAUGGGUAUCGACCCUCGACAUAUGCAACUGCUUGCUGAUGUCAUGACAUAUAAGGGUGAAGUUCUCGGUAUCACUCGUUUCGGUCUCUCCAAGAUGCGAGACAGCGUUCUGCAACUCGCCUCUUUCGAAAAGACUCCAGAUCAUCUUUUCGAUGCCGCUGCUGGCAUGAAAACUGAUCUUAUUGAAGGUGUCAGUGAAUGUAUCAUCAUGGGGCAGACCAUGAACGUUGGUACUGGUGCAUUCAAGGUAGUUCGAAAACUUGGUCUCAAGCCAGAAGACACCAACACGAAGUCAACCGCUUUCGAGGAUGCAUGGCGAUGGGAUCAGGCCGAGAGAAGAAAGGCAGCUAGGCGGGCUAAGACUAACGGUCGCUAGACGGAGAUAUGAUCUUUGUGAUCUGGGCAUUUUGUGAUUUACUUUCAUAGCGUGCAUAGCAGGCUGGAGUUCAUGUGCCAAUUGGGCGACUGGACAUAUCACGGCGUUCAUUCAGUGGCUAGAUAAUCAUCCAGAUUCCCGAGUAGAGUAGAUUCAUGUAUGAGAGACAGCAAAAAAUAAUGGGUAUC